UAGCCAGCCUACAGAGAGCUGUGAUUGGUUAAGGGGAGUGGGGACUGGACUAGGGUAGGCUGGGUUAGCAGGCAGGCAGGCGGGUCUCUGCUCUACUCUGCUCUACUCUGCCUGUCUAAGCAGAUGGUGGAGGUUAGAGAUAGUCAUCACAUCACAGAGAGGUUCUCCUUCUUCCAGAGGAGCUGAGUUGUGUGGUCCACCUCUAUCCUCUGUAACCACCAGCAAGACCAGAACUCUACAUCGGACUUCCUGGUUUGGCACUGUGCUCUCCUGACUUCCAGACUUCUCCUCGGCUGUGAGAGCUCCAGUGGGUGCCUGUGAGUGAGUGACACCCUCCAUCCCUCCGCCAUGCUGCUGUUGUGUGUGACCUGGCUUGGCCUCGUGUCCCUGGGUUGGGACCAGGGCUGUUCAGCCGUCAGCACUACCAGAGCCCAGGGAGGCCUCAGGGGACACAUGCAGAGGGACCGCAGGAACAUCAGACCCAACAUCAUCCUCAUCAUGACCGACGAUCAGGACACAGAGCUGGGUUCUCUCCAGGUGAUGAAUAAGACUCGUAAGAUAAUGGAGAAUGGAGGCACCUCAUUCAUCAACGCCUUUGUGACCACGCCCAUGUGCUGUCCGUCUCGCUCGUCCAUGCUGACAGGGAAGUAUGUUCACAAUCACAACACGUACACCAACAACGAGAACUGUUCUUCGCCGUCCUGGCAGGCCCAGCAUGAACCACGCUCCUUCGCUGUCUACCUCAACAACACGGGAUACAGGACAGCGUUCUUUGGGAAGUAUCUGAACGAGUACAACGGUAGCUACGUCCCUCCCGGGUGGCGUGAAUGGGUGGGGCUCAUCAAAAACUCUCGCUUUUAUAAUUACACCGUCUGUCGGAACGGGCACAAGGAGAAACACGGUGUGGAGUAUUCCAAGGACUAUUUCACAGACCUGAUCACCAACGACAGUGUCAACUUCUUCCGUAUGUCCAAGAAGGUGUACCCUCACCGGCCAGUGAUGAUGGUCAUCACCCACGCUGCCCCCCACGGGCCGGAGGACUCAGCCCCACAAUACGCAGAGAUGUUCCCUAAUGCCUCCCAACACAUCACCCCCAGUUAUAACUACGCCCCCAACAUGGAUAAACACUGGAUCAUGCAGUACACCGGUCCCAUGAGACCCAUCCACAUGGAGUUCACUAACUUCCUGCACAGAAAGAGACUGCAAACACUCAUGUCAGUGGACGACUCUGUACAGAAGGUAUAUGAGAUGUUGGUAGAGAGUGGGGAACUGGACAACACCUACAUAAUCUACACGGCUGACCACGGCUACCACAUUGGCCAGUUUGGGCUGGUCAAGGGGAAGUCCAUGCCCUACGACUUUGACAUCAGAGUGCCCUUCUUCCUCCGCGGGCCCAACGUCGAACCUGGAGCCGUUGUCCCUCAGCUGGUGUUGAACAUUGAUCUGGCCCCCACCAUACUGCACAUGGCUGGGCUGGACACGCCUCCAGACAUGGACGGGAAGUCCAUCCUCAAACUACUGGAACAGGAGAAGACUGGAAACAGAUUCAAACGCAAUCGGAAACCCAAAGUCUGGAGAGAUACAUUCCUGGUGGAGAGAGGUAAACUCCUGAGGAAGAAGGAGGACAGAGGCGGUAGUUCAACCACCCAGAACACCAACAGCCUGCCCAAAUACAAGAAGGUCAAAGAGGUGUGUCAACAGGCAGAGUUCCAGACACCUUGUGAACAGCCUGGACAGAAGUGGCACUGUGUGGAGGAGAUCACUGGGAAGUGGCGGAUCCAGAAGUGUAAAGGAGGUGGACUGAAGGAGGGCCCUAGGAAGAGGGCCCCCAGCCUGAGGCCUCACGGCAGCUACAACAGUAGGGAGAGGGAACCCUGCGACUGUGGUCUUGACCGACCGGGACGCUCACACCGCCAGUUCACACCCUCCUCUGGAGAACCAGGCUACAGGCCUCGUUUCGUCCAUACUCGACCCACCAGAUCUCUGUCCGUGGAGUUCGAAGGGCAGAUCUAUGACGUUGACCUCGCGGCAGACGACCAGUCAGCCGUGCAGAGACGUGUCAUCAGAAAGCGUCACUAUGAGCAGGAGGACCCCGAGUUUGCCUUGGAGUCAGUCGACAGGUCAGAGGAGAUGCUAGCGGAUGAUACCAACGCCGUGGGGUACCCGAACUCUGUCAAGGUCACACACAAGUGUUACUUCCUGAUGAAUGACACGGUCCACUGUGAGAGAGAGAUCUACUCUUCCUCCAGAGCCUGGAAGGACCAUAAGAGCUAUGUGGACCAGGAGAUCGAGGCCCUUCAGGACAAGAUAAAGAACCUUCGGGAGGUCAGGGGUCAUCUGAAGAGGAGGCGACCUGAUGAGUGUGACUGUGGAAAGAAGAGGGAGGCGGCCCAAGAAGUGGAUGGGAAGACGCAGCUGUUUAACGAGAUCAGGCGGAAGAAAAAGGAGAGGAAAGAGAGAAAGAGGCUGAAAAAUGGGGAUGACUGUAGUCUACCUGGCCUCACCUGUUUCACUCACAACAACGACCACUGGCAGACCGCCCCCUUCUGGAACCUGGGAGCAUUCUGUGCCUGCACCAGUUCCAACAACAACACCUACUGGUGCGUGAGGACCAUCAACGAAACGCACAACACCCUGUUCUGUGAGUUCGCUACGGGCUUCCUCGAGUACUUUGACCUCAACCUCGACCCCUAUCAGUUGACCAACGUGGUGUAUUCCGUGGAUAGAGAGGUGUUGAACACCCUCCAUUCCCAGCUGAUGGAGAUGAGGAGCUGCCAGGGACACAAGCAGUGUAACCCCCGACCCAAAGGGCUGGACACAACAGGAGGUAAAGAUGGAGACAGCUACGAAGCACACAGCACUCAGCCAGUCUGGGACGGACGAGCGGGUUAAACUGCCCAGCCUGACGGAGGAGGAGGUGACUACAGCCCAGGACGACUAGCACAUCUUCCAGAAGGACGUUGAUAAUGUUUCUGCUACACCUUUUAGACCAACCGGAGAAAAACAACGACGACGACCAAAACCCCAAAAAGCUUGACUUUAAGGAUGACCCGGCGUCUGUGCAGAGGGGGUCCGUGGGGCUGGAGGAGGGCAGCGGGGGAAAAGGAGAGGAGACCCCCAGCCAGGACAUCUGGCUAGGCCUGGUCACUCUGAACUGGGCCACCACGGGACUCCCAGAGACCCCCCUCACCACUCCUCUUGCCCCAAGCACCCCCCCCCCUCCCCUCCCCCCCAUCACCACCUCCUCAGUACCACCCACACAGCACUCAAAGGUUAGAGGUCAACUACAAUCUAUGAAUGAGCUCCCGGAUGAGACUAAGCCAUUAGACAGUCCUCAGGUGGUGUCUGCGAUGACGUUAUCAUCUCUGUGACGUCAUCGUCAGCAGAUCAGAGGGGGAGGGGCCUGGGGGGGAGGUGGUUGCCCGUGAGUGGCCAAUCAGCUGGAGGAGGGGCUAGACAGCGAGGGGGCGGGGCUGGUCUUCAGUGGCAACAGGAACAACGGGCUGACGGAGAAGGAGGUGUGACACAAUGACCUGGAGAGGGGGACGGAGCUGGGAGGAAGCCUCAUCCAGGGACUGGAGCUGGGAGGAAGAGGCCCAAGGCUACCUCCCCCUCUCCCCACAGACACAGACAAUGAAGCCCACAAUACAGGCCUCCAACACUAUCACUGGGAGCCUGCCUCAGACUGGCGCCCCCGAGGGGACUGGGUUGGUAGUGGGCCAGCACCUCCAGACCCAACAGUAACAGGUAGAGAUGCAGUAGACUCCCUAGGGCCAAUCCCCUCAGCCCUCCUCCAACCACACCCAGUGAGACACAUACAGACAAAUUAAAGGUGCUGACCUGCCAUAGGGCAGCCUGGUGGUCACCAUAGAGACACAGAGAGACACAGAAACUGGGGGAGAUGGAGAGCCAAGAUGGUUGACGAUGAUUUCAGCACCAGUCAGACUGAGUUAGAGCUGUAUUAUUAAUGAGUAUUAAAGUUAUUCUUGUUUUUUCACAGGCGCUUCCAUUUAUUAUUAUUGGAAAAACUACAGUGUUCUGUUUUUUCAAAAUAUAUAUUUGUAAAAAAAAUGUAAAUCCUUAACACAGCAGAAAUUAUUGAAAUGUGGGGAAUUCAACUUUUAAUUGAUUUUAAUUAAGAUCCAAGUACAAAAUAACACAGUUGACCAUUUUAAUAAUAUAUAUACACAUACACAUAUAUAUAUAUAUAUAUAUAUAUUUUAAAGGUUAUAAGAAUGGUGAAACCAUUUCCUGGUCUGAAGGUUAUAGUUGUCUUUUGGCGUUAGCUAACACCAUGGUGUGCUGCAAUGGAGUUGGCUAAUGCUAACACCUUGGUGUGCUACAAUGGAGUUGGCUAAUGCUAACACCUUGGUGUGCUACAAUGGAGUUGGCUAAUGCUAACACCUUGGUGUGCUACAAUGGAGUUGGCUAAUGCUAACACCAUGGUGUGCUACAAUGGAGUUGGCUAAUGCUAACACCUUGGUGUGCUACAAUGGAGUUGGCUAAUGCUAACACCUUGGUGUGCUCCAAGGGAAUUGGCUAAUGCUAACACCUUGGUGUGCUACAAUGAAGUUGGCUAAUGCUAACACCUUGGUGUGCUACAAUGGAGUUGGCUAAUGCUAACACCUUGGUGUGCUACAAUGGAGUUGGCUAAUGCGAACACCUUGCUGUGCUACAAUGGAGUUGGCUAAUGCUAACACCUUGGUGUGCUACAAUGAAGUUGGCUAAUUCUAACUGACUCAGGCUGGGACGCGAUUUGAUCUGCGUUAGAUUCGUGUUAAAGAGUGCUUGACAUUUAAAGUCAUUUUCCGAUUGAGCUGACAUUUGCAGUGUUUACUGUGAAUGCGAAUUGCCUGUGAAUGCGGGAGCGUUACCUUUUUAAAAGACAGCAUUGUCGAUCAAGCGCGAUCGGAUUGAAUCCGCCCUCAGUCAUCUCUAGACCGAUCAUCACUCAGAUGAUGCCAAUAGUUUGACCCUAAAUGCACUUUAAACAUUCAGCUUUUCCCUUGAACUGACCCUUGUCUUUAGUUUAAAUGUUUGUGGUUUGGAAAAAGGUAGUCACUGGGUCGUGUCCGAAAUCUGACUUGCCUACUACUUAAACUAAACAUUGUGUACGAAACGUACUACAUGCUAAUUAAAACGCACCGUUUAGUAAGAAUGUACGAAGUAAGCAACAAAUAUCAACGUACUGCUCAUCGAUACUGAGAAGGAGUCAUCGACUGCGCAAUCACACUUGUUCCCCGCCAUGGGUACAUGUUGUAGAGCGCAUCCCCUAUUCUGAUUAUCAGCUGUUGUCAAACACGUGGGGGAAAAAAAGAUGCUUCUCUACCUCAAUAGUGUGCUGCGAAUUCUAUUUCAUCAAAAGUCAAAUGAGAUCUGGGCAUUGAAAGUAUACUCGAUUUUCAAAACGUCACAUUCUAUAAAACUAUAUAUUUUACUGCAUAUUUAAGUAACCUACUAGGGUAUUCGGACACGGUCAGUGUAACUCCAAUUGUGUCAUGACGCUUAAUACUGAUCGUUGGUCAUUUUGAACACAGUGUUUUUUUUGGGAUAAUUGCUACUGCAAAGUGAAACACUGAAUGUGACCCGUUUAUAGUAAAAAAAACAAUUUAAAAAGACAAAAAUGAACAUUGUUACCGUAAUUUAAUGAUUUAGUAAAUAUAAUGAUUUAACUUUGUUUACUAUGUCGUUAUGUUACUCUUGUAGCUACAGUAACUUCCCUAUCUCACAUGUUGGUCGACAGUACACCCAGCCUCUACACUCAACUUAAAUCUUCAGAUAGGAAACAUAUAAAUUGUUAAAGGUGAAACAUGCAGAAAUCGCUUCGCCAUUUCCUGGUUUCUGAACAUCCAAUAGUUCGCCUAGUUUCAGUUUGUGACAAAACCAGCAAGUACAGUGCAGAGAAUCGUUGUACCAUCUAAACCGCUGUGACAUAUCUUUUCCAUCACCAAAAAAUAUUGUAUUUUCAGCUGUUUUGAAGUUGGUAUACAAAACCAAAUGUAAGAAUGGGAAGUAUAGAAAUAGCGCACAUAGAACAGGGUCUAGCGCUUCUCAGACUUGCUUUCAAUGAGGACAGCUCCACUGUGUAACUCACAUUUCUACGUGAAUUUGUUUGGGUUUCCGGAAAGAAAAAAAAAAAGACAGAUUGCAGCUCUAACUACCUGCACACAAAACGAUUUAUAAGAAUGGGUAGGAGUAAUCACGGAGUAAAUUAUAAAAUGUUCAAACCUUGUGCAAACGUUUUGUUUUUCUUCUUCUGAACACCCAGCAGCCCUUACUAACUCCCAUCACAUAGACCUGUCUUCCCUAGUGAUAAUCAAGGAUUCAAUGUUAUUAAUGUCCAUGAUCCUCUCCAAGUUCCAUUUCACAAGGACACAACUGUCACGAUGUCAAAACCUUUAAAUGCGUCCUUAAUGGUACCCUAUUUCCAUUUGUAGUGCACUACGUUUGACCAACUCCAUACGGGCGUAGUGUACUAAACUACAUACAGUAGGGUGCUAUUAGAGACUUUAAACCCGAAACGUUUUUUCCUCCGAUUGCACCUUGAAUAGCAUAAUGGCAUUACUAUAAGGUGAUCUAUACGUCAUUAAUAAUGUUGUCUUUUACACUGUGUGUAAAAAAACAAACACAUAAGAAACACCUUUUGCCCUCAGAACAGACUCAAUUCGUCCGGGAUUGGACACUAUAAGGUGUGGAAAGCGUUUCCACGGGAGUGUUGGCCCAUGUUGACUCCAACGCUUCCCACAGUUGUGUCAAGUUGGCUGGAUGUCAAUCAAUCAAUCAAUGAAUGAAAUGUAUUUAUAAAGCAGUUGUCUCAAAGUACUUGUACAGAAACCCAGCUUAAAACACCAAACAAUGCAGAUGUAGAAGCACGGUGGCUAGGAAAAACUCCCUAGAAAGGCAUUAGCCAACCUAGGAAGAAACCUAGAGAGGAACCAGGCUCUGAGGGGUGGCCAGUCCUCUUCUGGCUGUGCCGGGUGGAGAUUAUAAGCGUACGCGGCCAUUAUCGCCAGAUCCUUCUUCAAGAUGUUCAAACGUCCAUAGAUAACCAACAGGGUCAGAUAAUAAUAAUCACAGUGGUUGUAGAGGGUGCAGCAGGUCAGCACCUCAGCUGUGUUUUUCAAUUGGCUUCACCUGGUCAGU